GCCCCGCUCCGUUCAGUAGUGCGGCGACCGGUUCCAGACCCGAACGGAAUCUUCCUUCACAGACCGGACUCUUCCUCAACAGAAGGGACUCAUCCUCCACGGACCAGUCUUCCUCUCGUCUUCCUCUGUAUACCAGACUCUUCCUCUACAGACCAGAGUCUUCCUCUGUAGACGAGAGUCUUCCUCCAAUUCCAGAGUCUUCAUCUGUUGACCAGAAUCCUCCGCUUCGGACUUUAGUCCUGGUAGCCAACCUGCCACCGGUCGCUGGACGCUGCGGGGGAUCAGGUGAACUCCGGACCAGGUCUUCCUCACUCGGGUCCCGGCAACGUUGGAGACCGGAUUGUAUUUCCAGGGAAACCAAAGGAGCGGAGACCGGACCAGGUCCCACCGAAUCCCCAGAACGGGACUCCGCGCUCCCCGGAGGACCACUUUACGCCCUGGAGUCUUGACUCAACCUCCCGCUCCUCGUUGUGGUUCUGCUCAGUGAGGGGCUCUGGGGGGCACUUGAGGGCGGAUUAUAAACCCACUCGGAUGUAAGAGCGAGCCAGCGAACAGCAAACGGCGAUGACGCAAAGGUACGACGAGCUGGCCCACUACGGCGGCGCCAUGGACGGGGUCCGAGGGUCCAUGUACGGAGACCCGGUGCACGCCCCCCGGCUGCCCCACCACCUGGGCCACCCCACCCAGCACUACGGGGCGCACCCCCCGCACAGCCUGAUGCAGCCGGCCGGCCUGGGGGGCCUGGGGGGGCUGGGGAGCAUGGUGCCCGACGCGCUCAAGAGAGACAAGGACCAGAUAUACGGCCACCCGCUCUUCCCGCUGCUCGCACUGGUGUUCGAGAAGUGCGAGCUGGCCACGUGCACGCCGCGCGAGCCCGGCGCCGCGGGGGGCGACGUGUGCUCCUCGGACUCCUUCAACGAGGACAUCGCGGUGUUCGCCAAGCAGAUCAGAGCAGAGAAACCGCUCUUCUCGUCCAACCCCGAGCUGGAUAACCUGAUGAUUCAAGCGAUUCAAGUCCUGAGGUUUCAUCUGCUGGAAUUAGAAAAGGUCCACGAGCUCUGCGACAACUUCUGCCACCGGUACAUCAGCUGUCUGAAGGGCAAGAUGCCCAUCGACCUGGUGGUGGACGACGCGGACUGCCGGGGCGACCUCCGGGCAGACCUGGACGACCUCAGCUGCUCCUCGACCACCCUGGCCGACCACAACCCCUCCUCCUGGAGAGACAUGGACGAGGCCCACUCCACCCCCUCCAUCGGGACCCCCGGGCCGUCCAGCGGGGGGCUGGUGUCCCAGAGCGGGGACAACAUCAGCGACAUGGGAGACGGUCUGGACCCGGGUCUGGUGAGCCCGGGUACCGGGGACGAGGAAGACCAGGACCGGAAGAGACAGAAGAAGAGGGGCAUCUUCCCCAAGGUGGCCACCAACAUCAUGAGGGCCUGGCUGUUCCAGCACCUCACGCACCCGUACCCCUCGGAGGAGCAGAAGAAGCAGCUAGCACAAGACACCGGGCUCACCAUACUGCAGGUCAACAACUGGUUCAUAAACGCCAGGAGGAGAAUCGUCCAGCCCAUGAUCGACCAGUCCAACAGAGCAGUGAGCCAGGGCACCGGCUACAGCCCCGAGGGACAGCCAAUGGGAAGCUUCGUCUUGGAUGGGCAGCAGCACAUGGGCCUCCGACCAGGGGGCCCAAUGGGGCCCAUGGGGAUGAACAUGGGCAUGGACGGCCAGUGGCACUACAUGUAGGAACACCAGCCAGGAAACAGGAAGCCUCCGUGGUUGGCUCAGGGACACCCAAUAGGAGAGCUUGAAGCAUCCAGUCACAACCCAAACUCCUCCCCCUGCCACGCCCACCACUUCUGCACUUCUGACAACACCAGGGGCGACCUAACCCUCGGCCAAACUUUAGAGGAGUGGAGAACCUUAGCCUCUCUGAUGAAGACUGUCUUCAGAGGAGUGAAGACCGUACCCUCUCUGAUGAAGACCGUCUUCAGAGUGAAGACCGUACCCUCUCUGAUGAAGACCAUCUUCAGAGGAGUGAAGACCGUACCCUCUCUGA